AUGAAAGCAACAAAUGUUACGCUGUUGGUUUAUACAGCGUCUGUGAUAGAGGCCGCUACAGCAGCUACGCGAUUAGACUUUCUGCAUCAUCGCCACCAGCGACGUCUGUUCCAAACCAACAGCACCUUGAAAGGUGUUCAAGACGGCCUUUCACCGACAGGUAAUAUCGCGGUCGAGACUACAUUCUUAGAAUCGACAGCUACGGUAUAUAGCAAGAUUUCUACAUCUCAAACAACCGCCGCACCGCCGACACAAUAUAAUGCUACAGAGAGGUCAUUUUCAUAUUCGAGACCCCCGUCAAUAUCUUCUUCGCCGUCUAUUGCGCCCCUGACGAGCGCCGAAGUCAAUUUCAACGGAACUACUGUUCCGCCAGCAACCGAGAGUACAAAUGAAACAAAAGAGCCUAGUCGACUAUCGACGCCAAUGUAUAGUUUAUUUACAAACUCAUCCGCUACCGCUCGUGGAAAUGUUGAUGCGUCAGGGUAUUCGUCAGCUGUCCCAACAACAGGCGGCAACUUUAAUAACAUUCCUACGAAUUCUUCUCUAUUAACUACGACUUCGAUAGAGCCAUGUACUUCAUUGCCUAGCGACCGAGCCGUUACCGAGUAUUCUAUCGUUUAUACUACAACCGUCACAUUUUACGGCAACAGUACUGAUUAUACCCCUCCUUAUUCGCCCAUGAAAACGCCGAAUUACUGCUCUCCUACAGGCGAAGCUCUCAUUACCUUCUACAGCACAACCCACGUAUCUAAUUCAACUGCAACAGAGACGGUCGCGACUCUGACUACGGCUUCUCCAACAGCUGACAUCGGUGUACCGGCCCUAGUUGCUCCUAUUCCCGCCAUUACCUUUUCGUUUGAUCUCCCAGAGAUCCUCACACAAGCGCCUGAUGCUACUGGCGGAGAUGAAGGUGGAAUAAUCAUCACCAUCAAACCGUAUCGCUCGUUUACUCGACGAAUAAUUACCUUCAUUACAACCGACAAAAACCCAGCCGUGGUUUUUUCACCUGAGCCAACUCCGGAUUUUAGUCCCACUUGGAUCACUGGUAUUGGAGAUGGUGUUCAUAAGACCAUGGAUGUUAUAGAUAGUCUGCCAACUGCCUCACCCAUCUCCAAUAACCUUAUCGGAAGCGUGAAGCGACCUCCAGUUCCUACUUUUCAGGUCACCGCUGGAGGAGACGAAGUUAUUAUCAAUGAACAGACGAUAUCUGGCCUGAAACCGAGCCAGACAACAACCAUCACAGUCGGAACUGACGUUUUUACAAUUUUUCCGACUGCAAUUGUUGGUUUCGGUUCAACAGUCACAAAGCCUGCACCUCAAGAAACUUCCAGUCCCACCUCAGCCAUCACAUCCGGGGUCUUGGGUGGAGUUUCAGUGAUAAUCUCAGGAACAAAAGCUGUGGUUGACGGUAUUACCUUGAGCAUCUCGCCACAAUUGGCUACAACGACCAUUAAUGGCCACAAGGUUGCUCUUGGGACAGGAACUAUAGCUGUUGGCCCUGAGACGCUAGUUUUCCAGAACCCCUCGCCCCGGCCAACUCAUGAGAUCAUUACGGGGGGAGAAAUGAUCACAGCUAUAGGUAGUUCCAUCAUUGUUCUACACUCUACAACCAUCACCUACGGCGCGAAAAUUGCUCCAAAGCAAACAACAGUCAGCGGCGAGACCAUCUUAAUCGGUCCAAGGGGUGUAUCAUUCCACGGGACCACUCUAGGAGGGCCCUCGGCAAACUCCACCAAUACAGAAUAUGAGAUUGUAGGCGGAGUCACUGUGGGAAAACUUUCACCCUCUCUUGUAGUAGUCAACGGGGUAACCUACUCGAUUAACAAAGAUGGCGAUCUGAACAAUAUGGAAACGACAAUCAUCGCUAAUCAGACCAUCACCAUAGGCCCAAAUGGCUUGAUCCUAUCUUCUCAGACGUUGACAUACCCAGGGAGCUCUGUCACUGCCACCUUGUCGCCUUCCAUGCCGGAUUUCCCUGCCGAGACUGCAGGUCAGAGCGGAGACGAGGAAAGCGGUGCGUUUUCGAUCCGUCUAAAGCUUAGUGUCUUGUAUGUUUGCUUAGCAGGAGUAGGCGUUUGGGUAUUCGUUUGA